AUGUUCCAGGGCACGGAUGGCCAGGCUGGCGGGUCAGGCUCCAGAUCCAUGAAGCCCCCAGGAGGAGAAUCAAGUGAUCUUUUUGGAAGUCCAGAAGAAGGUGUCCCUUCAAGCAAGCCUAAUAGGAUGGCAUCUAACAUUUUUGGACCAACUGAAGAACCUAAAAACGUACCCAAGAGGACAAAUCCUCCAGGGGAAAAAGGAAGUGGUAUCUUUGACGAAUCAACUCCUGUGCAGACUCGACAACGUCUGAACCCACCUGGUGGGAAGACGAGUGACAUAUUCGGAUCCCCAGUCACUGCCACUGCACCCCUGGCACACCCAAACAAGCCCAAGAAUCAUGUGUUGUUGCAUGAAGGCGAAGACUCUAAAUCUGGCCUGAAGUCUGCAACAAACUCCACACCCAGAGGAGAGCAGAGCGAGAAAGGAAGCUCAGAAGAAGCAGAGCAUGCCAAGAUACCAGAGCCCGCACCUACAGUUGAUAGUCAUGAGCCUAGGCUGGGGCCACGCCCUCGCUCCCACAACAAAGUCCUGAACCCACCAGGAGGCAAAUCCAGCAUCUCCUUCUACUGAGAGGCUCCUGCUCUGCCCGUUACCAGACACACUCAGAUAGGGUUUUGAAUGUUAGCGUUUCCUUUAACCCAAGUGAGUUGGGGUGGGAAAGGGUUUAUCAUAUGUGUGGGGUUGGCUGCUCAUAGGCCUUGUUGUUAUUGGAAGAGCUUCACAGAGGACUGUGCCUUCUGGACUGCCAAGAUACACAUGUGUGGGGAUAAAAUGGAAUGUUCUGGUGCCUUCUCUCUAGUUGCUGUAAGGUUGUAGGGAGGGCAGAAGAGAGGGUACCCAUUAACAAAAGGAUCGCUAGGGUCUAUCUUGUCCUUGUAUCAGCAGUCUGCUGGGUCUUGGGCAUCUAAGAAUGGUUUAGUUGAAAAAGAACCCAGACUACCUAUCCCUCAGUGUGGGAUGAAGGAGAAACAGAAACAAAGAGUGAGGUCUAGCUACAUUAAGCCUUUUCUUUCAGGAAAUGCCUAUCACUAAAUGUUUCCACCUCGGAUUACCUCUGAACCCUGAUGUCUCCUUUUCCUUUUUUCCCUCAAUAUGUCACCCUGUAGUGUUGAAACAUGAUUGCUCUUUUUGGUAGCAGUCAACAGAAAAUCAGUUAUUCUCAGUCUUGUCCUGAGCAUAAGGUUUUGUUUUGCUUUGCUUUGCUUUAUAUACACUGAUCCUCUGAGUUGUGCCAUACCUGCACCUAAAACCAUGGCCAUGUCUGAGGUAGCAGCUUAUCUUCCUCUACAGUGGGCUUCGUAUCCUGAUGUGCCAGAUUUGCUUAUGGGUUGUUCUUUUGUUUCUCUCAUUAGCCUUAAGUCUAAGCCUUAGUUCCACAGCCAUGAGGGGUUCUCCCUGUCCAUGGUUUUUCCUAUACAUGAGGUCUCUGGCCUCCACAGAGCUUAAAAACUACUCAUAUAUGUCCAGAUAUUGGGUGGGUUCCUGUUUUUCCCAUCUUGCUUUCUUCCUGUAAUUGGGAGGAAGACCUGUUGAGGGACGUUGGGUUGGUUUCUUUACCAAUGUCUGAAAGGUGUACUUAGUAUCAGCCUCUGGUAACUACCCAUGGACUGCAUUCAGCAC